CCCUAAAUUCAAUUCCCAGUACAGAGGAAAAAAAAGAAAUCGUCAGCAGGACCAGGUACAGUGACAUACACCUGUAAUCCCAGUGACUUCAGAAGUGGAGGCAGGAUUGCCAAACUCGAGGCCAAUCUGGGCAACUAAGUGAGACCCUGUCUCAAAAUGAAAAGCUGAGAGCUCUGGGCAUCAUCAUACUGAGACUUGCCUGCUCCACCCUCCCCCCUGGUUUCAUAGGAAGGCAGCUGGAAGCAGGUCGCAUAGCAGAUAAGCAGAGCAGGCAUUCCAGCCUGCCCAGGAUUCUCACCCUUCACCUCCCACCUUGGUCCUAGCAGCCAAUGGGGCUGGAGGGCUGACCUGACCUGUGUCACUUGUGAAUGUCCUCUUCUUGCAUUAUCCAGAUCAGGACACCUGAACAGGAUGGAGCAUGGACCCAAUAUCUACAGCACCCAGGCCUGUGCCAGGUGCUGAUGUCCGUGCCACUUCUGUCCCACCAACAGAGUCAUAGUGGCAGUCAUGAGACACUUAGUAUGAUGCAAACGCUUUUAGACUUAUAGCCUCUUCAGCCUCCCUAGAGGACAUUUAGCUCAUUUUGCCAAAGAGGUGGGAGGUGGCCUCAGAGAGACACUUAAGUCAGGAGAAAAAGUCCCCCAAGAGAAGGCCAAAGUGGGUUCUGCCAUCCACCUUGAGGGAGGCAGGGACCUGGAUCUGGGCAAAGGAUGCUGUGGGUUUGCCUCUUGGCUUUUGACUCAGGCCAGGACCUGCUUCCUAUGGAAACUUCAGGACACCAGGAAGAGUGCCCCUUCUCCCUUCCCCCAGCAGGGAAGCUUUAACUUUCUUCCUGAAUGCUCUUAAAGAGAAACAGAUCAGGCAGGGAGGCCGUUUAAAAUCCUGGGCUGCCAGCCAGUUUUGAAGGUUGUUUUGCUGGGGCCAGGGCGGGGCAGGAAUUCCAGCCUGCCAGGAGCCCAGGAGCAGCCACGUGCUGUGCAUUCACAGGGUUAAAGAGCUGUGUGGAGUUGGGCACUAGCACAGGAAGCUGGGUGGUGCUGGCCCAGACAAGGCAGCAGGCACCAGUGGGGUCUAGGGGGGUGGGCAUGGGGGAAAGAAUUUCCAUCUGAUUCAUGGUCUGAGUUGCACACUCAGUCACAUUUUUUGCAAUGACAAUGUUUAAGGACACUUUUUUUUUUUAAAGGAAGAAUAUCCAGCAUUUCCUCAAAAUCACACAUCAUCAGCAUAGACUCUGGACCUGAAGAACCAACCACCAUGUGGGGCAAUAAAGCUGUUGGUGUGGUGCAGAAAGAAGUUUAGAUGGGAAGGUCCAUGGACACGUAGAAUCUGGAAUUAAUCAGGAAAGGACAAUUGAGUAAUGAUGGAGAAGUGGCUGCUUUGCAGCUGUCAAAGUCAUGCCUGGAGAGAAUGUUGGAUGAUGUGAGAGUAUUCACAAUGUAGUGCUCAAAGAAGACAGUUGAUUAUGGGACAGAAGGUAUGUAUCAAGAGUAGAACUGCUAGAUCACAAAGCAGUGUGGUUGGCUGAGUAAGUAUUGCUGGCUGGGUAGAUAUUUCCAUGGUGCCCAAGUGUGUCCUGAAGUGUGUCCUGGAUAUAGAAGAGGCCAGCGGCCAAGGAGAAGGGCUCUCCCAUAAGCAGCCCUCAGCAAAACCAUCAGGUCUUUGGCUUUUCUGUAGCACCCACCACAGAGCCAUGGUCCACGCUUUCCUCAUCCACACCUUGAGGGCCCCAAAUGCGGAGGACACAGGCCUUUGUCGAGUGCUGUACUCCUGUGUCUUUGGUGCUGAGAAGUCAACUGAUGAUCCUCGACCACAUGGUGCAGAGAGGGAUAGGCUUCUCCGCAAGGAGCAGAUUUUGGCGGUAGCCAGGCAGGUGGAGUCAAUGUGCCAGCUGCAGCAGCAGGCAUCUGGCCGACCCCCAACGGACCUGCAGUCUCCAUCCUCAGACGAGCCUGUGCCCCUGCAGGAGGCUCCACGAGGUGCUUUCCGCCUGGCAGCAGGAGACCCUUUCCAGGAGCCAAGAACUGUGGUGUGGCUGGGAGCGCUCUCGUUGGGCUUUGCCCUGGUGCUGGAUGCCCAUGAGAACUUGCUGCUGGCCGAGAGUACCAUCCGGCUUCUGGCCCGCCUGCUCCUGGACCACCUUCGCCUGCUGACCCCUGGCUCCAACCUCCUGCUGCGAGCUGACCGCAUUGAAGGCAUCCUUACCCGCUUUCUGCCCCAUGGUCAGCUGCUUUUCCUCAAUGACCACUUUGUCCAGGGUCUGGAGAAGGAAUUCAGUGCUGCCUGGCCCCGCUGACCCCUCACUGGAAUGGGGCUCGCUGAGGGGAUAGGGAAGGAAUAUAGAGAUUCCACACACAGCCAGGGGAAGCUUGGCAUUUGCCUCCUGCCUGACCUGUUUCUUGCUCUGAUGUGCUGCCAUAUCCAGGACACAUGAAUGGGACAAGCUGGCAGCAAGGGGACCAGUGUGAGGGUAGAAGUGGGACUGUGUCUAUUCUCAGGUCACCAGAAUCACAGAACAUCCUGAGCCUAGAACUGCCGUCGUGUGACUUACUCAGACCACUGCAUUAUGUAUGUCAGACCUGACCUAGACUCUGCCUUCCUAAAGCCCCACUAGCCACUAGUGCUGGGGGGUUAGGGGGCGCUGCCUAAAACAGCACACCUUCUCCUUCCAAAGCCUCAGUCAUUGCAGACUCCCUUCAUGGUGGGGGCGGCUAGGCCCACAACCUGGCAGGCCCUGGCCCCUACCUUUGCAAAUACUUAAGCAACAUCAUUGGAGAUUUUGUUAGCAAGGGCAUCCUCUCCAGCUAGCUCCACCUCAGUUCAGAAACACUGUUCAGCAGGGCAUCCUGUAGCCCCUUGUGUGCCAAGCCCUAGCAGAUCAGGUAGGGUUAAGAUGCAGCAUUUGGGAAGUCUGCGCUGGUUGACCUUGUCUUUCUCAUUUUGUAUUAAAAGUGCUGGUUGUGUGACCUCGC